AUGUCAGACUCCAAAAUUAUCACGUUCGAGGAGCUCAAGGCCAACAACACCAAGGACAGUCUUUACGUCUUGAUCCACGAGAAGGUGUACAAUGUCGCAAAAUUCAUUGACGAGCAUCCCGGAGGAGACGAGGUGAUUUUGGCUGAAACCGGCAAAGACGCAACCGAAGCAUUCGAGGACGUCGGCCAUUCCGAUGAGGCGCGUGAAAUCUUGAAGACUCUCUUCGUUGGCGAGUUUGAGAAGAACGGCUCUCUCAAGACUAAGCCUGUCUACGAUAGCAACUCCUCGAGCAGUCACGCCGUCAACGCUGCUGUUCAGCAAGGCUCAAAUAUGAUGUACUUCGUUCCUUUGGCGAUGCUGGGCGCGUACUUUGCGUGGCGGUACUACUCUACUGGCUCGGUAUAG